AGGAGUAGAAGCGGUCAAGGGUGAUUAUUUCCGAUUUUAAAUCUAAUUUAAAUCAUAUUUCCAAAUUACUAGGCAAGAACCGUUGAUGAUCCGAAAUUCUUCUUGUUGAAUGAACGCAACGACUUAAAUAUCAGAGUUUUGUGUUGUAGAUGAAAAUACUCAAGCAGGGCAAUUUUUCGCAGCACAAUGAAAGCUAAGCUGUGGAUAGUAUUACUCAUUUUGGCACUUGUGCUACUCUGUGAAUGUAAAAAAGGAUCUAAGUCAAAAGAUAAAAGUAAAUCUAAAAGUAAAAAAUCCUCCGAGAAGAGUGUAAAGAAAUGGUCUCCAAAACAGAAUGUGCAACCAAAAAAUACAGCGGACAAGAAUUACGUUGGAAACACAUGGAAAACAAAAAGCGUUAAGUCUGGUGGGAAGUCAAAGGACAGCAAAGAACUUAAAAUGAAUACAUGGCAAGCAAAAAAAUCAGUCUCGAAAGAUAAAAGUAAGAAAUCCAUUUCUAAGAAAUCUUGGUCACCAAAUAAAUCGGUGAAAUACUCUGUAAAGUCAGCAAGUAAAAGUAAAUCGCACAAGUCUGGUUCAAAGGAAAAAAGUAAAUCUUCUGUAAAGUCGGCGAGUAAAAGUAAAUCGCACAAGUCUGGUUCAAAGGAUAAGAGUAAAUCAUCUGUAAAGUCGGCGAGUAAAAGCAAAUCGCACAAGUCUGGUUCAAAGGAAAAGAGUAAAUCAUCUGUAAAGUCGGUGAGUAAAAGCAAAUCGCACAAGUCUGGUUCAAAGGAAAAGAGUAAAUCAUCUGUAAAAUCGGCGAGUAAAAGUAAAUCGCACAAGUCUGGUUCAAAGGAUAAGAGUAAAUCAUCUGUAAAGUCGGCGAGUAAAAGUAAAUCACACAAGUCUGGUUCAAAGGAAAAGAGUAAAUCAUCUGUAAAAUCGGCGAGUAAAAGUAAAUCGCACAAGUCAGGAUCAAAGGAAAAGAGUAAAUCAUCUGUAAAGUCGGCGAGUAAAAGCAAAUCGCACAAGUCUGGUUCAAAGGAAAAGAGUAAAUCAUCUGUAAAGUCGGCGAGUAAAAGCAAAUCGCACAAGUCUGGUUCAAAGGAAAAGAGUAAAUCAUCUGUAAAAUCGGCGAGUAAAAGUAAAUCGCACAAGUCAGGAUCAAAGGAAAAGAGUAAAUCAUCUGUAAAGUCGGCGAGUAAAAGUAAAUCACACAAGUCUGGUUCAAAGGAAAAGAGUAAAUCAUCUGUAAAGUCGGCGAGUAAAAGUAAAUCGCACAAGUCAGGAUCAAAGGAAAAAAGUAAAUCUUCUGUUAAGUCGGCGACUAAAAGUAAAUCGCACAAGUCUGGUUCAAAGGAAAAGAGUAAAUCAUCUUUAAAGUCGGCGAGUGAAAGUAAAUCGCACAAGUCCUCAAUUAAGUCCAAAUCAAAGGAAUCAAGUAAGCAGUCUUUAUCAUCUAAAACCAAAUCGGCUGUCACAAAAGUGUUAUCAGUCAGUAAAAGCAAAUCAUCAAAGUCAAUUUCAAAACACACAAAAUCAAGCAAAUCUAAAUCAAGUAAGACGAAGAGCCGUACCGUGGAGACACCUGUAAAGUCAGUAUCAUCUAAAGAGACGUCAUUUUCGUCAAAAUCUAAACCAUCGAAGACAUCUAAAACAUCUGUUUCAAAAACAUCAAAGAGUGUGUCGCGUACAAGUAACAGUAUAUCUCACACCAGCAAUUCAUUUGACACAAGUCAUUCAAGCCAUUCCCACGAUAGUGAGACAUCGUCGUCAUCUAGAAGUUUCGACUUUUCCUCUAGUACAAGCAGGUCUUAUUCCUUCUCAUACAGCCUCAGUUCGUUCCACGAUCCUAUGGGCAAAUUAUGUAAAGGUUUCAACGGAGAGCGUAGAAUUGGGUUUUUCGAUGAUCCAAUGGACAAAUGCAGACAAUGUAGAUGCUUUAGAAAUGGUGGAAUCAUUUGCAGGCAACGAAGGUGUCCCAAACCAAGGUGUGGAAUAAGUAAACAAUUGUUCCCCUCCGGGGACUGCUGCCCCUCUUGCAAUCAUGAAUGCAAUUCUGUUGAAUGCAGUGUUGUUAAAUGUCCUACACGUUUACAAAUGUAUGAAGAUAAUUCUUGUUGUCCAACGUGCGGUUGUAGAUACAAAGGACAAAUGGUUCCGGAAGGUCCUUUUGGAGACAAAUGUGACGGCUGCAAGUGUUCAAAUGGUGUUGUCAGAUGUGACGAAAAUAAAUGCCCGAAGGAAAGGCUACAGUGUGUAAACCCUGUCAGGAAUGAGACGUGUGGGUACACUUGUCCUCAAGGAAAGACGUGCAUGGCAUUUGAUACUCCUAUCCCAUACAGAGGUUUCCAUGCGGUCGGUGAAUAUGUGUGCACGUGUCUAGGGAACUGGUUCAAAAAUGCGUUCUGUGCAAAGAGGGCUGUUGCAACGUAUUUACAGGAACUGUCCUGGUCCAUGUGUGUAGACGAAGGUGAUGAGCCAAAAUAAAAAGGCACCUAAAUUAACUUUCCUUACAUAAUAAUUACAAGUAAUCUUUGA